AACCAGCUUCAUUCCCAGCCAAUACAUUGCUGAUAGUAGACAUUUUUUGUGGUUUCGUAAAUAUAUUUAUAUUAUUUCACAUACAUAAUUAUAAAAGAAGCAACCAGAACAAUUUAGUGUAUGCGCAGUUAAAAUUUUAUGAACUAAAAUUUGUGGUUUUCUUAAAGCUAAGUCGCCACGAACUCUAAACAACUUUGAUAAUAAUAAACUGUGGUCACAAACGCCGCCACAAAAAAUCUAUCUGAGUGUAUAUUCUGCACUUAACCGAGUACCACCGCAGGAGUUGAUAUGUAUAAAAACUGAAGGCAGUCACAAGUGAAAAAUUAUUAACUUCCACAAUUUGGUGCUGUGAAUAUCGGUAAAAAGUUGUGUGUGUGUGUGUGGUGAAAUUUAAGGAUAACUUUAUAAAGUUUAAAGUGUAGAAAUAAUCUUUCAACUUAAGAAAAAUGGAAUCGCCUGCGCCUGAGUCGUUGAAACAUACACUUUAUGUGCCAAAUAGGACACUGAUGGGGCCUGGACCAUCCAAUGCUUCGUCACGUGUGCUCGAUUCACUCAGCAAUCCCAUUUUGGGGCAUAUGCAUCCGGAAUGUUUUGAGAUAAUGGACGAAAUCAAGCAGGGCAUCAAAUACCUUUUCCAAACAAAAAACACAGCCACAAUGUGCAUUAGCGGCUCGGGGCAUGCCGGCAUGGAAACAGCUUUUAUGAAUCUCGUGGAGGAUGGUGAUGUUGUACUUCUAGGUUGCACUGGACUGUGGGGACAUCGUGCCGCCGAAAUGGUUAAGCGCGUCAAUGGUGAUGUACGUUACGUUGAGGCGCGUUUUGGACGCUCACUGACCAUGAAAGAAAUCGAAUUCGCCUUUGAGGGACACAAGCCACAGAUGUUCUUCAUUGCACAAGGUGAUUCAUCGACGGGUAUAUUGCAGCAACAUUUGAAGGAAAUCGGUGAACUUUGCGAGCGUUACAACUGCCUUUUUGUUGUCGAUGUGGUGGCUUCAGUGGGUGGCACAGAAUUCUUUAUGGAUGCUUGGAAAGUUGAUAUGGCAUAUGCGGGUUCUCAGAAGGUGCUCGGUGCGCCACCAGGCCUAACGCCCGUUUCGUUCAGCGAACGUGCCAUCGCACGCAUCAAGGCACGCAAAACUUAUGUCAAGUCGUACUAUUUUGAUGCCCUACUUGUCGGACAAUAUUGGAAUUGUUUCGAUUUACCACGCAUCUAUCAUCACACCAUCUCAUCGACGCUGCUGUAUGGUCUGCGCGAAGCAUUGGCACAAUUUUGCGCGAUGGGUCGGAAAAAUGUGAUACAUCGACACCAGGAGUGCUCACAUCGGCUGCAGUGUGGUCUGCAGGAUAUAGGCUUGGAGAUGCUUGUGCCAAAUGCCAAUGAUCGCUUGCCUACGGUGAAUACAAUUAAAGUACCGGCGGGUGUGGAGUGGCGCAAGGUGGCCGAGUACGCGAUGAGAAAAUACAACUUGGAGAUAAGCGGCGGUUUGGGACCCACAGCUGAGCAGGUGUUUCGUAUUGGGCUGAUGGGUGAGAAUGCCACAUACGAGCGUGUGGAUCUGGUGCUUAACAUUAUGCAUGAAGCUAUACUAAGCACGAAAUUGAAAGAUAAAUCAAAAAUCUAAUAUAUGUAGUUCGCAUUGCUAUUAACAAAAUUUAGCGUUUAAGAUAUUAUAAAGUGCAAAACUUUGCAUAAACUGUAUACACACUAACUAGGGUUGAUUAACUAUAAAUACUUAUGUACCAGUAAAAUCACACGCAUUCAAGCUGAAGUGAUAAUUGUUACAUUUUCAUAAAUAAAUAAGAUAAGAAUUUUGUUAAUA